UCCACUCAAGAAGGUGGCCACGCCUCUGGAUGUUGCAACACAGAUUGCGGUCCUUGCAUCGUCUACUUUGUCUGGUCAUGUCACUGGUCAAGUAGUGAUGGUUGAGGGCGGAAUGGAGGGCAGACUACUAAACAGACCAGAAGAUUUGGAUCUUUAGCCUUUUUGGGGAAAAACGCCUUGUCUAUGUAGGGGAUGAUCAUAUGCUUCUUUCUGCACAUGCACCCACUAGCGUCAAAGUCAACUGCCUUGCCCCCAUCGUCAAGGUCAUUCACGACAAUUUUGGCAUCGAGGAAGCUCUCAGUCCACCAUUCAUGCGGCGAUGCACCGUCGCAAAAGUCGUCCCCUCUUUGAACCGCAAGAUCACUGGUCUCUCAUUCCGCGUUCCGGUUCUGAAUGUUUCCGUCGUCGACCUUGUCGUGCCCGCCGCGCACAUUGGUCCACUCAAGGGCAUCGCGGCUUAUACUGACGACGCUGUGGUGUCUACGGACUUCCUUGGCCAUCCUGCGUCGGCCAUUUUCGAUGCUGGAAGUGGCAUAAUAAGUUCGUGA